GCCCACCCAGGUGCCGAUGGUCGGCAGCCAGAUGACCCGGCAGGCCAGGCGGCUUUAUGUCGGCAACAUCCCCUUCGGCCUGACGGAGGAGGCCAUGGCGGAUUUCUUCAAUACCCAGAUGCGAUUGGCUGGCUUAUGUCAAGGUCCCACCAAUCCCGUCCUCGCUGUUCAGAUAAACCAGGACAAGAACUUUGCCUUCCUUGAAUUUCGGUCCGUGGAUGAGACCACGCAGGCAAUGGCCUUCGACGGCAUCAUUUUCCAGGGUCAGUCGUUAAAAAUCAGGCGGCCCCACGACUAUCGCCCCCUGCCUGGCAUCUCAGAGCAGCCCGCCUUCCACGUACCAGGGGUCGUCUCCACCGUGGUUCCAGACUCGCCACACAAGCUCUUUGUCGGAGGCCUGCCCAACUAUCUCAGUGACGAUCAGGUGAAGGAACUCUUGACGUCGUUCGGACCUCUUAAGGCCUUCAACCUUGUGAAGGACAGUGCCACGUCACUGUCUAAGGGUUACGCUUUCUGUGAAUACGUGGACAUCAGUGCCACUGACCAGGCCGUGGCUGGACUCAAUGGCAUGCAGCUCGGAGACAAGAAGCUCAUCGUCCAGCGGGCAAGCGUGGGGGCUAAGAAUGCCAACGCUACGGCCAUCAUCGAGACGCCGGUGACGCUGCAGGUUCCAGGGCUGCAGCGGCUGCAGAGCUCCGGCAUGCCCACGGAGGUGCUGUGCCUCCUCAACAUGGUCAUGCCCGAGGAGCUGGUGGACGACGAGGACUACGAGGAGAUCCUGGAGGACAUCCGGGAGGAGUGUUGCAAGUACGGCAACGUGCGCUCCAUCGAGAUUCCGCGGCCCGUCGAUGGCGUGGAGGUGCCUGGCUGUGGCAAGGUGGGACCCGUACUCUCCUGUACCAGUGGCAAAAAGAAGACCUCUGUAGGCACUAAACACAGGCUCAUGGGAGCAUUUCUUGCACAAAAGUGUUUUGAAAACGGAAUAAUUUUUUGUGUAAGAAAAACAAUCUGAUUGGUUCAGAUAGACGGACAAUCUGAUUGGUUCAGAUAGACGACGGACAAUCUGAUUGGUUCAGAUAGACGACGGACAAUCUGAUUGGUUCAGAUAGACGACGGACAAUCUGAUUGGUUCAGAUAGACGACGGACAGUCUGAUUGGUUCAGAUAGACGACGGACAGUCUGAUUGGUUCAGAUAGACGACGGACAGUCUGAUUGGUUCAGAUAGACGACGGACAGUCUGAUUGGUUCAGAUAGACGACAGACAAUCAUUUUUCAUUCUGCCCUCAACAUUUUCUUUGUGUAAGAAAGAAAAUUUUGUACAAUCAUUGAUUACUCGCAAAUGUUAAUAGUCAUCCGCUGUUUAUCUUGAAUAUGUAAAAGCAGUGCGCGUAAAUUUCCUCGUUAGUAUAGUGGUGAGUAUCCCCGCCUGUCACGCGGGGGCCGGUCGCGUAUAGCCAUAACACAGUGGCAGCCAAUGAAAUUGAAGGAUUUUUUUUGCGAAGCGAAGAGACCCUCCCCGGCGCUGCAAAAUCUCCGUUAAUGAUUUUUUUUCUGAUACAUUUCAAGUUAGAUUGAAAUGCUAAUCAUUUUGAGGCAUGUUUUCAAAAAAGCAUGAACAAAUUUCUCCAUUUCUUGUAAUCACAUUCAUCCAUUAUUCUUCGUUUUCUUGAUAUUGAUGUAUUUAAUAAACAGCUUAAAACUA